AUGACGGUCAUAUCAAGAGUUUUACGUGGUAGGAUCCACUUCACACGUAGUCUAUUUACACAAUCUCCCAAAAACAAUAAUGUCGAUGCUUCCAAAAUCAAGCAACUAAAGAGUAAAGAAAACUGGGGCGCUUCUGAGGCUAACAAUUCAGACAAGCAAGCAAAAUCUUCAGUGCAAACAAACAUUACGGCGAAUUUAUCCGAAAUGACAAAGACUUUAACUUCAGGAGAGCCACCAGUUUACAUAGCCAAUUCCCUUUCGAGAAGAUUCCUCGUUGGAAGUAAAUAUAAUCCUUUUGAUUUCAGCUUGAAUCGAGUUCGAAUGGAAAGAAAAGCAUUCCAGUUACGAAAGGUUCAAGUGGAAGAUCCGUUUGCAAAAAGCGGAAUAAAUGCCAAAAACUUAUAUUUGAUGCCCGAGAUCUUGUCUCGAUUUUUAACUUCAACAGGACAAAUAUUGCCUCGUGAUAAAACAGGGUGUUCCGCUGAAAACCAAAAGAAGCUCACCGCUGCUAUACGAACAGCUAGAAAUUUGGGAUUGUUGUCUUCUAAGCAUAGACAUUAUAGACCAAAUUUAAUGGGAAGAUUCUUCUCAACAUCAAGAGUUGUUUUAAUGGAUGGUCAAAAUAUCGGAAGAGAUUCAUUCUCAGAAAAGGAAAAAGCACAAGAAAAUGUUUGGAUUAAAAAGCAUGAAGAAGACCAAUUGAAAAGAUUGAAAGCUCAAUUGGAGAAACAGAAGGACACCAUUGCUAAAUUAGAGGAGGAGAUCAAAACCACCAACAACAAUAAGAGCAAAUAA